UGUGCAGUGUGGUAGGUGAAGGAUGGACUUGUGUGGAGUACUAGAAUAAAGUCAAGAAAGACUACAGUGGAAUUCUGAAGUGUUGAAGUGACAGAAGGAAGGAAAAUGGAAGCAGACACCAUUUUAAGUCUUAAACAGCAACUCAAGGAGGCAGAGAAUGAGAGAAGAAAGGCAGCAGAAUAUGGUUUGCAUUUGCUGGAGUCCCAAAGUGAAGUCCAAAAUCAGCUGGAUCAAACACGCCGUGAACUGACUGAGAAAACUGAGAAAUUUGAACAAGAGAAAUACACUCUUCAGAGAGAAAUCGAACUCAAGAAUCGGAUGUUGGAAAGCUUGCAUUUUGAGUGUGAUUCCCUUAAGCAGCAGCAGAACAUGCAACUGGAAACACAGAAGGAACAGCUGGCCAGAGCCUUUGGACAAGAAAUCAAUGACCUUAAAAACAAGUUGGAGAACCUGAAAGCAGAACUUGAUGAAACCCGACUGUCAGAGAAACAACUGAGACACAAAGUGGAGCAUCAGAAGGAAAUAAUUGCUGCCAAAUCAGAGGAACUGCACAUGAUGUCCGAACGUGUCCAUGAGACCAUGUCCUCAGAAAUGCUCAACCUUCAGAUAGAGCUCACUGAACUAGAAAGUGUGAAGGCCAAUGUUGAAGAGAAGCUGAAUGAGCUUCAGUACAGCAAAGAACAACUAGAACUCAUGAACAGUAACUUACAGAACCAGCUGGAGCGACUGCACGCAGAAAAGGAAGAGAGGGAAAAAGAAGUUGUUUCUUACUGUAAUGCACUAGAGAAAGCUCGUGAAGCCAAUCAGGAGCUUCAGGUUCAGCUGGAUCGUGCAGUGCAACAAUCUUUGGACCCUACAAGUAAAGGCAAUUCUCUCUUUGCUGAGGUGGAGGACCGUAGGGCAGAAAUGGAACGGCAGCUGAUCAGUGUGAAAGUAAAAUAUCAGUCCCUCCAAAAACAGCAUGCAUUCACUAGAGAACAGUUGCAGAGAAUGAAGCUGCAAAUGGCUACACUGCUGCAGAUGAAAGGCUCUCAGGCAGAAUUUGAUCAGCUGGAACGUUUACAGGCCAUGUUAGAGCAAAAGAAUGGGGAAAUAGAAGAUCUGCUGAUGAAAGUGAGGCAGCUAGAAAAAUAUAAGACUUUAUAUGAGAAUAUGGAACAAUCCAAACCUGGGAGUAGCUCCAAAGGAGGCGACUCAGAGGAUGGGUACUAUGCAGAUUUACUGAAAAUUAAACUUGACAACUCCAACAAGGAAACUGAAACAUUGAAAAAUGAACUCUCCUUGCAAAAAAUGAAAGCUCUGUAUGAGAGCCAAAGGGUCCUGGAAUUUGAAAGGAAACUCUUUACCAGUGAGAGGCAGUUGCAGACUUGUCAGAGCGAGAAUAUGAGCUUGAGAGUUAUGCUGGAUGAGCUGAAAAUGAAAUAUGAACCUGAAGAAUUACCUAGAGGCUCUAAAGUUAAAAAGAAGAGGGAGAGGAUUCCAGUGGACACUACCUGUGAAUACUUGGACAGCAAAAGUACUCCAGUAAGAGAAGGUGCUCUCACUCAGUUGCCAAGUAAGGAAGGAAAAAAGAUAACUGCCAAGUACUUGGAGCAAAGUGGUGCUUCUCCACUAAGACAGGCUUUCCCAGCAUCCCCAUUCCACACAGCUCUGCAAGCAAAGAGGAACACAAUGGAACCUGAAAGGGAAAAGAAGAGAGUUAAAUUUCAAGAAGACAACCACGAGGCCUUUUCUUCAAACAGCAGAAGUGGAAAUAAUUCCUUGACUUCAGCUGCCCUCAGGUCAGUGUCAGCUUCUGUCUCUGCCCAAGGCAAUCAGCACAGACCUGCAUCUCUUUUCUUUCGCUGCAUGAACUUUGCUAUCCAAUUCUUUAUCUAUUUCCUCAGUGUUGCAUGCCGUGUCAUUCCUCAGCUCCAGCUGCCUACACUGAACCUCUCAAUACCUUUUAGGAGGACUAAAGUGGUGACUAAUAAAAAAGACUCUUGAAACUGUAACUAAAAUAACCUUGCCAUUACUUGAAGACAGGUAGCGUGACAGCUCGCUUGGUUUGCUCCAACCUCAGAGACUUCUUGUUUUCUUGGUCCCUUCAAAACUGCCACACACCUG